AUGGAUUCAUUACCACCACAUAAUUACACCUUGUAUAAGACCACUUCACAUUCCAAGGAACCACCGCUGAUAGUAACUUUGUCAAUCAAUAACACACCAGGGGCAAUGGAAAUCGACACUGGCGCAUCAGUUUCAAUUCUCAGUGAGAACACAUAUGAGACGGUCUUCAUGGGAAAGAAACCGCCCCUCUCUAAGGACACAGAUGUAGAACUGCGUACCUAUACAGGACAGAAGAUUCAAGUCAUUGGUAAUUGUACUGUUACAGUUGAACACAAUUUCCAAAAGGCUGAAUUGCCCCUCCUUGUUGUAGCAGGUAAGGGACCGAAUUUACUUGGCCGGCACUGGUUGCGUCACCUUAAGUUGGCAUGGCACACGAUUCGCCAUGUGGAUCAAACACCAUCAACUGCAUCGAACAUUACUGAACAGUACAGUGAGUUGUUUCGUGAUGACUUAGGACAGCUCAAAGGUCAACGGGUGCACAUCAGCAUGAGGGAUGAUGCAAGGCCUGUAUUCUGCAAGGCCAGGCCUGUGUCAUUUGCAAUGAAGCAACAGGUUAAUGAUGAACUGGAUCGGCUCGAGAGGGAGGGUGUGAUUGAACCAGUUACCUUUUCUCGAUGGGCAUCACCCAUUGUACCCGUUAUGAAGGAAUCGGGUAAAUUGCGUAUCUGUGGGGACUACAAGUCUACUGUUAAUCAGUCAACAAACACGGACAUUUACCCAUUACCUCGCAUCGAGGAACUUUUCGUAGCUAUGGCAGGAGGUAAGGCAUUUAGUAAGUUGGAUCUAAGUCACGCCUAUCUGCAGCUUAUUCUUGAUGAGGAGUCUCGUGAGCUGCUAACAAUCAAUACACACAAAGGGCUCUUUCAGUACACGCGUAUGCCUUUUGGCAUAUCCUCCGCACCUGCAAUAUUCCAAAGGACCAUGGAAAGCCUACUAGCAGAUAUUCCACAAGCGGUCGCAUUCCUCGAUGACGUGUUAGUUACCGGACGCACUGUAGCAGAGCAUGCAGCAAAUCUCCAUAAAGUCCUGAGUCGGCUCCAAAGCGCAGGACUCCGUCUGAAACGAGAAAAAUGUGUAUUUCUUGCAACCGAAGUCAUUUACUUGGGACAUCGCAUAAAUGCGGCAGGGUUGCAACCAACAUCGAAUAAGGUUCUAGCAGUCAGGGAUGCACCAAUUCCACGGAACGUGUCGGAGUUGAAGUCCUACCUUGGACUACUGAAUUAUUAUAGAAAGUUUCUUCCCAAUUUGUCGUCAGUAUUGGGCCCAUUACACAGUCUGCUUAAGAAGAACACCAGCUGGUCAUGGAAACCAAUCCAUGAAAAAUCCUUCAGAGACUCAAAGGAAUUGCUUAUGUCGGCCAAAGUACUUGCCCACUACGACCCAGAUAAGGAGUUGAUAAUGGCCUGUGAUGCCAGUCCCUAUGGUGUGGGCGCUGUGUUAGCCCACAGAAUGUCGGAUGGAUCGGAACACCCAGUCGCUUUUGCCUCGCGUUCUUUAUCACCAGCAAAGAAAAACUACUCGCAGCUUGACAAAGAAGGUUUAGCUGUGAUUUUCGGAGUCAAGAAAUUUCACCAGUAUGUCUAUGGACGCCGGUUUGAGAUAACCACGGAUCACAAGCCAUUGCUUGGACUAUUCAGUGAACACCGAGCAAUAGCCCCCAUGGCGUCAUCCCGUAUUCAACGCUGGGCCCUCACACUAGCGGCCUAUAAGUAUCGCUUGGUGUACAAACCUGGGCAUUUAAAUGGCAAUGCCUAUGGCCUCAGCAGAUUGCCCCUGUCAACAUCAAUCCAUCCUACUCCAACACCAACAGACUACGUCAUGGUUAUGGAUCGGUUGGAAACCACGCUUGUCGGCCCUGACAAAAUUCGUCUUUGGACGGGUAGAGACCCAACACUCUCUCUAGUGCGCACAUACGUGAUGAAUGGCUGGCCAAGUGAAUGUAAUAAUGAAGCACUAAAGCCAUAUACUUGCCGCAAAGAUGAAUUAAGUGUGCAAGAUGGUUGCAUAUUGUGGGGUUCCCGAGUAGUCAUCCCCCCACAAGGUCGAACACAGAUUGUCCAGGAACUGCAUGAAUCGCACAUUGGAAUCUCGCGAAUGAAAUCACUCGCUCGUAGCUAUGUGUGGUGGCCAAACAUGGACAGAGACCUGGAAGAUAAGGUUAAACAGUGCACCGCAUGUCAAGUCUCUCGUAAAUCUCCACCCACUGCUCCGCUUCAACCCUGGGAGUUCCCUAGUCGGCCAUGGUCGCGUUUGCACUUGGACUAUGCAGGCCCAUUUAUGGGUAGAAUGUUCUUGGUGAUAGUUGAUGCGCACAGUAAGUGGUUGGACAUCCAUGCCAUGCACAGUACAACGUCGCAAGCCACUGUUGAACGGCUUCGUCAGACCUUUGCAACCCAUGGUCUGCCGGAAAUAAUUGUCACAGACAACGGCAGCAACUUCACAAGCGCAGACUUUGAAGACUUUUUGCGAUUGAAUGGCAUAAAACAUGUCAGAUCAGCACCGUUCCACCCCUCUUCCAAUGGUUUGGCAGAGAGGGCAGUGCAGUCGUUUAAAGCUGCAAUGCUACGCAUGACUGAAGGUACCGUUGAAACCAAAUUGUCACGAUUCCUGAUGAGUUAUCGCGUCACACCUCACGCAACCACAUGUGUAUCCCCCGCAGAGAUGUUGAUGAAACGCAAACUUCGCACACGGCUUGAUGCAAUUCGUCCUAAUAUCCAAGUCCGUGUUGACAGCAAGCAGUUCUCGCAGAAGGUGAACCAUGAUAAACACACCAAACUACGCACCUUCAAUACCAAUGACUCAGUGUAUGCCGAAAACUACGCUACUGGACCACGUUGGAUUGCCGGUUUGAUUUUGGGACGAGUUGGAAGCUGUAUGUUUACAGUUCAGCUGGAUGAUGGACGUGUCUGGAGAAGACAUGUGGAUCAAUUACGACCCCGUCAGUUGCUUGUUACACCCCCCGUCAAUGAUCCUAUUGCACCAGUCCCUAUUGUUCCACGAAGGGAGGAGGGAGAUGAUAGGAGCAAGUCUAGUUCCUGUGCGGACAACCAACCUGAACAGCCAACGGAUCAAAGCCAAUCUGAGAACAAUUCUUCAAACCCAGACCUUCGCCGAUCAACGCGCACCCACAAUAAACCCCCUCGCUACAGAUUCCACGAUUCCUAA